AAGGCCGCCGCGCUUGCAUCGCAGUUAUGUUGUUAUUCAGUCGCCGUACGCAAACUGCAGGAUAGCAAAAGUAAUAACAACCAAAUAGCAAAUAGCGUGCUGACUCGUGCGUCGCGGCGUGCAGCGAGGUUAUCUCCACGGCCGCAGGAUGAAAGUGAAGCCGAGAGUGUAUUUCGACGUGGAAGUGGGUGGCCUGCCCAUUGGGAGGAUCGUUUUCGAACUCUACUCGGAUGUGUGCCCCAAGACCUGCGAGAACUUCCGAGCACUGUGCACCGGGGAGAUGGGACUGGGCUUGUCGACCAACAAGCCGCUGUGCUACAAGGGCAUUGUGUUUCACAGAGUUGUCAAAAACUUCAUGAUCCAAGGAGGCGACUUUUCUGUGGGCAAUGGUACUGGCGGCGAAUCCAUCUACGGUGGAACAUUCAAGGAUGAAAAUUUCAUAUACAAGCACGACAAGCCCUUUCUCCUGUCCAUGGCUAACCGUGGCAAAGACACAAACGGCUCCCAGUUCUUCGUAACGACGCAACCCACUCCGCACCUCGACAAUGUCCAUGUAGUAUUCGGUCAAGUCAUAUCGGGCCAAGAGGUUGUGUCUCACGUAGAGGGACUGCCGGUGGACAGGAUGUCCAGACCUCUGCAAGAUGCCAAGGUUGUCAACUGCGGAGAACUCGUCUUAAAGUCCAAGCAGAGCAAGGCCAAGAAGAAGGACAAGCGCAGGAGCAGUGUGUCCAGUGUGGAGAGCGAAGAGUCUGAGAACAACAGGGCCAGCAAAAAGACCAAGCUGAAGAAGAAGAAGUGGACGGAAGCUGAGGAUCGCAAAGUCGCGGAGCCAAAAAAGAGUAAGGUAGAGGAUGUGCCGCAUCCACUGGUAUCCACCACAAAGAUUGAUCCGGAUGAGAUUCCUGAAAUACCAACCAACAAAUUUCUCUACCGUGCUGGACCCGCCAACAAUGCCAACCAGAGGCAGUACGUACAGGACGCCAGAUUCAGACCUCAAGCUGGCUUCAAAAAGUCUCCCGGGGGACGUAUCUUCAAGGGGCGUGGAAUAUGUCGCUAUAGAUCUCUGUCUCGGAGCAGAUCCAGAAGCCUAACGCCGCCACACUGGAAGCAAGCUCAAAAAAAGACCAUCAAGUACUACCAGCCAUCGUCCCCGGAGCAGCAAACUCUGAAGAAAGCCAACGAGUUCGCGGAUGAGAAGGAGACGGAAAAAGAAAACUGCACCAUCAAGAAGACAAAGGACAGAGCCGAUGAGGAUGAGAAGCGGAAAUCUUCUCACGGAUCUCAACGAUCCUCGAAUCGGCAUCACAGACGUUCACGCCACGAUCGCGAUCACAAAUCUCCUAGUCAAAAUCAUCCGAGCCGAAAGUACCGCAGCAGCCGGCAAUCACCUCACGAGUCCUCGUCUCGUUCAAAGCGCUCGUCUCGUCGUUCAUCGGAUUAAAACUUGUUUUUUUUUUUUUUUUUUCAAUUUCACACAACUUUUUUCCAAGUAAAACCUUUCUUACACUUUGUAAAUACAUUAUGAAUAUGUAUCAUUAUUUUUAAAUCUAAAAAUAAAUAUAGAUGUAGAUUCGCUCAAA